CCGCCGCCACCCCGCUUCGCCUUCGCCUCGAAGCAAUCGUGACCUAGCUAGCCAACCAGCCCCUUCUCCGAGGGGGGCCAAGGGAAAAAAAGGGGGGAAAAACAAAGGAAGUGGGGGGAAACCUAGCUUGCCCGGCCUCGGGCGCGGCGCGAUGGCGGAGAUCGAGGUGGUCGGCGAUGGCGGCGUGGGGAAGCGGGAGGGGGACGAGGGGAGGGACGCGCGGACGAACGGCGGGGAGGCGGACCCCGUGGUGGACGUGUACUCCGCCGCGGCGUACGGGGACCUGGAGCGGCUGCGCGGGUUCGUGGAGCGGGACGGCGGCGCCGCCGCCUCGCUCGCCGCGCCCGACGGCAACGGCUACCACGCGCUCCAGUGGGCCGCGCUCAACAACUACCCCCACGUCGCGCUCUACAUCGUCGAGCAUGGAGGCGACGUCAACGCGGGGGACAACGCGCAGCAGACGGCCCUGCACUGGGCGGCGGUGCGCGGAGCCAUUGCUGCGGCUGAUGUGCUGCUGCAUAAUGGUGCGAGGGUCGAGGCGGCCGACGUGAAUGGCUACCGGGCAGUUCAUGUUGCAGCUCAGUAUGGCCAAACAGCAUUUUUGCACCACAUUAUCUCGAAGUACAGUGCAGAUUUUGAGGCUUUGGACAAUGAUGGGAGGAGUCCAUUGCACUGGGCUGCCUACAAAGGAAAUGCAGAUACAAUUAGGUUACUGCUGUUUAUGGAUGCUAAUCAAGUAAGGCAAGACAAAAAUGGUUGUACUCCUCUACACUGGGCUGCAAUAAGAGGGAACUUUGAGGUGUGCACUGUUCUUGUACAUGCUGGUACCAAGGAGGAACUCAAAUUAAAGGAUAGCGGUGGGUUUACUCCUGUUGAACUGGCUAACGACAAAGGUCAUCGGCAUCUUUCCUCUAUCCUUUCCAAUGCUACAAAAGUAACCUUUGAAGAUAAGUACUGCCCUGGGAGAUCACGGAAGAUUGGAUACGCUCCUAUCCUGUUUUGCUUUCUUGUUGUCCUUAUCACCCUUUUCCUGAACUCGAUUAUUUUUGCACCGAAUUUUUCAAGAAUAACUGCUGCUGUUGGUCUUUGGUCAUGGGGUGCUAUUUCCCUUGCCUUUGCUUCCAUAGUGAUGCUCUACAGAGUUAGCAGAAAAAAUCCAGGCUACAUCCAAGCCAAUACCAAGCGACUUGAUCCAAAGGAACCACUUAUGGAGAUUGACCUUAAUUCUUCUGCUUGGACAGGCAAUUGGUCUCAGCUGUGCCCUACAUGCAAGAUAAUUCGUCCUGUGCGCUCCAAACACUGUCCAACUUGUAAGCACUGUGUUGAGCAGUUUGACCAUCACUGUCCUUGGAUAUCAAAUUGUGUUGGAAAGAGAAAUAAGUGGGACUUUUUUGUGUUCCUUUGUAUGGGAACCACCACAGCAUUUCUGGGCGCUGCGAUCGGGUUCCACAGACUUUGGACAGAGCCCAUCAUACUCUCAUCUUCUGAGUCAUGGAUUAAUUUCAUGCUGGCAAACCAUCCCGGUGCUUUACUGUUCAUGUUCUUGGAUGUCUUUCUAUUAACUGGAGCACUUAUUCUGACAGGAGCACAAGCAAUACAGAUAGCACGCAAUGUCACAACUAAUGAAGCGGCAAACCGGUCACGGUAUGCAUAUCUUCGUGGGCCUGAUGGGCGCUUCAGAAAUCCUUACAAUCAAGGAUGCCGGAGGAACUGUGCUGAUUUUCUUGUAAAUGGAUACAGUAAUGACGAGGAGGCUACAUGGCCAACACUUCGACAAACAGUAGAACGAAGCUAAACUACUGGAUCAAAUACCAGUGUUACAGUUCAUAACAUCCAGGAAAGUAGUUUGAAAUUUUUCGACCUGGAUGGACAACAGGUGCAAAAAGCAACCUCCUUGAGCUACUCUGUUUCAUCCAGGUGUUUAUACGAGGUUGAGUCAUGGGAAUGGUUUGAUUUUGUAGAUUAUGUGUAUGUGAUAUAUGUAAUUCUUUUUGGCGGUUACCUCUUACUGUUACCAUGCAUUUCGUGGUGUUGUAUUCGAGUGCGGAUAGAUGAGAAAUGCAGGCUUGGAUUUUUGAUGUAAUAAACUGUAACAUUAUAUGCUCUCAUGCAAUUUAGUCAAAUACCCUGAGAAGCAUUCUCCUAAUUGUUUCGUUGAAAUACGUGGAAGUAUGACAU